AUGUAUGUGAAAUGGUUUGAUACAGUAAUGUUUUACUAUGUGAUUUUAGUGAAUUUAGUGAAUAUCACUUUUAAAAUUUUCAAAUUUCCCACCAGUUCCGUCCGCGUACGUCCUGACGUCACAGGGAACAGAACGCGGAAGACAGAUGCCGGAGGACAUUGCAGGUUACACUGCAGGAGGGAUAUCGCGGGAGUGCAGGACAAGGUAAGUGCAGAAGAGAUCCACAGCAACGCUGCAGGGUAUUCCCGAGUGUAGCUCGGGGUUCCGCUUGUAGUACUGAAACUUUACUCCGAGCUACACUUGGGAAUACCACCAGGGAGGUUAACAACCUGUCAGUCAUCAA